AUGCACAUUAUCAGCGAGGAUCCCGAAUUCACGGACGUCAUUGACAACAUAACCGUGCCUGCGGGACGCAAUGUCAAAUUGGCCUGCUCGGUCAAGAAUUUGGGCUCUUAUAAGGUGGCGUGGAUGCAUUUUGAGCAGUCAGCCAUCUUGACGGUGCACAAUCAUGUGAUAACGCGUAAUCCACGCAUUAGCGUGACGCACGACAAACACGACAAGCAUCGCACCUGGUUCCUACACAUCAACAACGUGCAGGAGGAGGAUAAGGGGCGAUACAUGUGCCAAAUAAACACGGUGACGGCCAAAACCCAAUACGGCUUUGUCAAAGUUGUCGUGCCGCCCAACAUUGACGAUGCCCUGACCUCCAGUGACGUCAUUGUACGCGAGGGCGACAACGUGACGCUGCGCUGCAAGGCGAAAGGGAGCCCCGAGCCGGCCAUCAAAUGGAAACGAGAUGAUGGUAAUAAAAUCGUCAUAAACAAAACACUGGAAGUAAAUGACCUGGAAGCGGACUUUCUAGAGCUGGAGCGCAUCUCGCGCUUGCACAUGGGCGCUUAUCUCUGCAUUGCAUCGAACGGCGUGCCGCCGAGCGUCUCAAAGCGCAUUAAAGUCAGCGUUGAUUUUUCGCCAAUGGUCUGGAUACCCCAUCAGUUGGUGGGCACACCCAUGGGCUUCAACGUCACGCUCGAAUGCUUUAUCGAGGCGAAUCCCACAUCGCUUAACUAUUGGACGCGCGAGAACGAACAAAUGAUAACCGAGUCGCCCAAAUACAAAACGGAAACAAUACCCGGCAAUCCAUCGUACAAGGCAACUAUGCGGCUCACCAUCAGCAACGUGCAGACCAGCGAUUAUGGCAACUAUAAGUGCGUCGCCAAAAAUCCUCGUGGCGACAUGGAUGGCAAUAUAAAGCUCUACAUGUCCAGUCCGCCCACAACGCAACCGCCGCCCACAACAACAACACUGAAGCGGACGACAACAGCAACAACAGCAAGUGCGUACGAUGGACAGAACACGCCAAGUAAUGGAGCUGGCGGAAAGGGCGGCGACGCGCCCACAAAUUCCGUAGUUGUCGUUGACAAAUCGGGCACACAGUACCAAUCGAAUAUAAAUGAAAUUGAAAGAUUUGAGCAGAAGCUGACUGGCAAAAAUAACAAGGACUACGAUUGGCCCAAAGGCAAGGGUAGUGGCACGCAAAACGCUUUGGGUGGCAGCGUCUUCUGUGGACUGCUAUUUGCAUUAAUGGUGGCAGCGUAAGCGGCUUCGGGAAGGACAACGGACACAGUUCUUGAGUAUUACUUUUGAUUUUAAAUAUUCCAUUUGAAUUACAUUAUUAAAGUGCCAUUAAAUCAACUAAACUCGACACAAAAACAAACCGAGAAAAAAAUUCGAAAAAAGUAACGUACAUAAAUACUUAAACAAAUGCAACAUUAUUAAGUAUUGGCUUCCUUUGUUUAACAAACAGACCUACCUAGCACCCGGCGUUAACUCGGUUUUCCACAAAUUGACAUUGAUAUUCAACAUUUUAGACAAUUAAAGACAGUCCAUUAUUAUUGUGCAACAUAGUUAAAUAACGACGCCUGAAUACCCUUUCCAGAAGGUACCUUAAUUCGUAUUUUUCACAAUUUACAUUUUUCAUGAGAAACAUUUGAACAAAUUAGAUUUUUAUUAAAUUUUUAAUGGACAUUUCAAUUGACGAAUUUGCAUACACAAAUAUAUAGUAUGUAGGUAUUGUAUAUUGUAUUGUAAGGCCGAUUUUGGAGAGGGUAUGACAAAUAAUAAAUACGCUAUGCAAAUAAAUGUGCAAUUAUGGGCACAUACUCGUAUUUGAAAACAAAGCCCAAGUAAAAACAGACGAUUAGGUGUCUGACACACAAAUAAACGCAGUAUUCAGACACUAUUUAUAUAUUAAAAAUGUUGCCAAAUUGUUAAAACACACGCAUACGUGCACCUACACACAGACACAUAGAAACACAAACAUAUUGUAAAUAAACACGCACACAGUAAAACAAACAAUGCAAUUGUAAAUUACUCGUAUUAAGCAUUACAAUUAAUUGUGCUUUAAUUUGUAUGAAAUUAUGUAGGCAGCGAACAAUUAAUUAUAUAUAUACAUAAAAACACAUACAGAGACACACAUAUGAGGAGCAGCCCCUUGCUAGGCGUUAAUCAAAACCCUAAACCCAUUUAACUCAACACAUUUUGAUAGUAUACAAAAAGUUGUUGAGCAUCACACAAAACGUGUUGUUGUUGCCGGAUUAUUUUGAUUGACAUAAGUAUUUAUAUGGAACAUAUUUAUACAUGCAUGAGCAUAAUUAUGUACGCAACUAUAUAUAUAUACACAUACCUAUAUCAUAGGCUUUAGUUUGUGUUUGUAAUUGGUAAGAGUGAUAAUGUACAUUACAACUAAGAUUUAUCAAAAGACCGAAGCAAAAUAAUACAAAUCAGAAUAAAUGCUUCAUAUGCAAACACUUUAA